AUGGGACAGCAAUCGUUGAUCUACAGCUUCGUGGCGCGGGGGACGGUGAUCCUCGCCGAGUACACCGAGUUCACCGGCAAUUUCACCGGAAUCGCCGCACAGUGCCUUCAGAAACUCCCCGCCUCCAACAAUAAGUUCACUUACAACUGCGAUGGCCACACCUUCAACUACCUUGUCGAGGAUGGAUUCACUUAUUGUGUCGUGGCUGUUGAAUCUGUUGGAAGACAAAUUCCUAUUGCAUUUCUUGAGCGGAUUAAGGAGGAUUUCACCAAGAAGUAUACGGGUGGAAAGGCGGCUACAGCUGUUGCCAAUAGCCUGAAUAGAGAAUUUGGGCCUAAGUUGAAGGAGCAAAUGCAAUACUGUGUGGAUCAUCCAGAGGAGGUCAGCAAACUUGCAAAAGUGAAAGCUCAGGUCUCAGAAGUUAAAGGAGUGAUGAUGGAAAACAUUGAAAAGGUCCUUGAUCGUGGAGAGAAAAUUGAGCUUUUGGUGGAUAAAACCGAGAAUCUUCGUUCACAGGCGCAAGAUUUCAGAACUCAGGGUACCAAGAUGAGGAGAAAGAUGUGGUUGCAGAAUAUGAAGAUAAAACUGAUUGUGCUGGGCAUUAUCAUUGCCCUCAUCCUCAUCAUAGUUUUAUCAGUUUGUGGUGGUUUCAAGUGUCACUAA